AUGUCAAAAUUAAUUGAAUCUACACAUGAACGAGACGUCUUAGUGAAUAAUGGUUAUAUGUAUUUAUUUGAUGCAUUAAGUAGUGAUAAAAAACGCCGUUUUUGGCGUUGCCGAAAUAAAAAUGAUUGUAAAGCUCGAGUACACACAACAGUAGACGAUAUUGAAAUAAUAAAAUCAAUAAAUGAACACACUCAUGAUUCCGAAGCAGCAAAAAUUGAAGGAAAUGUAGCAGUUAACAAUAUUAAACGACGUGCGGCUGAUACCACGGAAUCGACAUCAAAUGUCAUAAACGAAUGCCUGGCUGGAUUAUCAGAAGCAGCUAAAGGGGCCAUUCAAUCAAAUUAUGCAUUGAAAAAACAAGUUAGAAGAAAACGAAAUAAUACGCAAGCCGUACCUGAAGCACCUAAGGAUCUCACAACUCUAGAAAUACCCGACGUGUAUAAAAUGUAUUCACCAUCUGAAGGACACGUAGAACAAUUUUUAUUAGCUGAUAGUGGGCCUGGGACAGAAAGAAUUUUAAUUUUUGGAAGACGUCGAUAUUUGGAUAUUUUACGAAAUUCUAAAACAUGGUUAGGAGAUGGGACUUUUAAAAUUUCACCUCCACUUUUUACUCAAGUGUACGUUAUACUAGCUGAAUAUUUAAAUGGUGUACACCCUAUUAUAUAUGCAUUACUGCCUGAUAAAUUUACAAAAACGUAUGAAAAACUGUUUCAAAUGUUGAUAAAUUUAUGUCCUGAAUUAUGUCCUACAUCUAUUUCAUUAGACUAUGAAUUAGCUGCUAUAAAUGCAGUGAAAAAAAAUUUCCCAAAUAUUAUUAUUCAUGGUUGUUUUUUUCAUCUCACAAAAAAUUUCAAAAAAAAAAUUGGUGAACUGCAUCUUAUAUCAAAAUAUAAUAACGAUGCAGAUUUUUCUAUUUCUGUUAAAAUGAUAAUUGCAAUUGCAUUUGUUUGCAUCAACAAAAUUGACAUAGCAAUCGACGCGUUAGCUGAAAAUUUACCAGAAGAACUUCAACCCCUGCUUGAAUGGUUUGAAGAUAAUUAUGUCGGAAGAUUAAAUCGAAAUGGACGUGGACGGAGACCCGCUAGAUUUCCACCAUCAAUUUGGAAUUUAAACGAGCGAGUAUUAAAUGGUAUACACAGAACAAAUAAUCAUGCGGAGGCAGCCAACCGAAGAAUAAAUGUUGAAAUGGGAAUGGUCCAUCCUACAUUAUGGUCAUUUAUAACUUGCUUAAGAAAAAUUCAAGCUGGAAGGGAUACAUAUUUAUUUCAAUUGGAAUCAGGAAGAAGUCCCCCUAAAAAGCUCAAAAAAUAUAUUGACACAGACAAGAGACUGCUAAAAAUAGUACAAGAAUCAGAUACUCGAGACAUUUUAACCUAUUUAAGAGGUGUAGCACAUAAUAUUUCUUUACAAUAA